GUUGGUGAUAUGGAGGAAGGAUGGUGGAAAGGAAAUAGAGGCAACGCGAAAUUAUCUUACACCCAAACACCCAUUUCAAGUGGAUUUCAGCGUAUAAUAAAAAAAGAACUCAGGUAGUUCCUGUAAUUGAUGCUAAAGGAAUAAAAGUUUCUUGUAUUUUUUUCUUGUAUUGCAAAAAGCUUCCGUUGACAAUCGAUUGCUGUUCCUUUUGAUUUUGCCAUAAAGUAUUUCCAAAAAAACCAUGUCUUCUUCCUUUUCUGAAGAAUGCACCCCUGCAAAGCAAAAAUAUGAUACUUGUUUUAAUGACUGGUAUGUAAACAAGUUUUUGAAAGGAGAUAUCCAUAAUAGAGAAUGUGAUGACUUGUUUUAUGAAUACAAGCAAUGUCUGUUUAAGGCUCUGAAAGUUAAAAAGGUUGAGCCCUUGUUGGAAGCUGCACGGAAAGAGGAUUAGUCUAUGUUUUGUUGCAAGGAACCUUUUUCAUGGUAAGAUCUUUCAAUAUUUAAUAUGUAUGCUUCUUCACGAGAUUCGUUGCUCUAUGGGAACCAUAAUAAAAUAGGAAAUAUGAACCUAGCAACGGAAAAGUUAUAGUAACACGAAACGAUGUGGCUAUACGGUGACAAUUGGAUAUGAAUCAUUUCAUUAUAUUAUCGUUUACAUUUGUAUUCUAAAUAUUUGAUACAUGGUUCUUGAUUCUACAAUGAAUGAUCAAUAAAGUAUUUUCUCCAUACGAACAUGUCGUACAUCAACUUGAAAUGCACAUGUC